UCAAGCAACAGCCUGACUCAGCGCAGCGCCAGGAAUACCCCUUACACGUUCCCCGGACUUAGGCCAAAGGGGCAAGGUUCUUCCCAUCAACCACAACACUAGCUCCAGUGGAGAAGCUGCCGAGAGGUAAAACCGAAACUCCAGACACAAAUACAACCCAGACUUCUCUUUAGCGGUUUGCUGGGUUCUUGGCGCCAAAACCACCUUCAAGGUCCGUCCCUCACCGGAACUACACAUUCGUAAAACACGUGAUCAAUAACCCUCCGCCCCACCAAAUAGUCCCUCCGGGGAUGUCGCCAAUGCACCCUCGUCCGGCUCACGAGAUCUUCAUUACUUACGAGACGAACUUCAGAAGCGCAUCACUUUCCCGUUCAAAUGGAAAUCCACCUGAAAACCUCUGUUCCUAUGUGUGAAGAUGUCUCUGGUGGACUUGGGGAAGAGGUUGCUGGAAGCAGCAAGAAAAGGCCAAGAUGAUGAAGUGAGGACACUGAUGGCAAACGGUGCCCCAUUCACCACAGAUUGGAAUGGUGCAGAUGUGAAUGCCAAGGACAUGCUGAAGAUGACAGCUUUGCACUGGGCCACAGAACACCAUCAUCGGGAUGUUGUAGAGUUGCUCAUCAAGUAUGGAGCUGAUGUCUAUGCUUUCAGCAAGUUUGACAAGUCAGCCUUUGACAUAGCCCUGGAACAAAACAAUGCCGAGAUUUUGGUCAUCCUCCAGGAAGCAAUGCAGAGUCAGGUCACUGCUAACCCUGGGAGAGCCAGCCCUGUGACCAGCCCUGUGACCAGCCCCGUGACUGUGGCUGCUCCGUUCAUCUUCACCUCAGGAGGUGUUGUCAACCUUGCUAGCCUUGUUUCCUCAGCCAACACCAAAACAACCUCAGGUGACCCCCGUGCCUCGGCAGUACAGUUGUCAAAUUCUCCCACCUCAGUGCUGGCCACUCUUGCCGCGCUCGCUGAGGCGUCCACCCCUCUCUCCAACUCACACAGAGCCGCAGCCAAUUCAGAGGAAAUCAUAGAGGGAAAUUCUGUUGACUCAUCAAUCCAGCAAGUGGUAGGAAGUGGAAGCCAGAGAGUCAUCACCAUAGUGACUGAUGGAGUCCCUCUGGGUAACAUACAGACUGCCAUCCCUACCGGAAGCCUUGGCCAGCCAUUUAUCGUAACUAUGCAAGAUGGACAGCAAGUUCUAACUGUACCUGCUGGUCAGGUUGCAGAGGAGACUGUAAUUGAGGAGGAAGAGGAAGAAGCAGAGAAAUUGCCAGUGACAAAGAAACCAAGGAUGGAGGAGAUAGCAAACAGUGUGGAGGAAAGUAAGGAAGGCAGCGAAAGGGAGUUACUACAACAGCAACUCCAGGAGGCCAAUCGAAGAGCUCAGGAAUAUCGGCACCAGCUCCUCAAGAAAGAACAGGAGGCAGAACAGUACCGCCUUAGGCUGGAGGCCAUGUCCCGACAGCAGCCCAACGGAGUUGAUUUCACCAUGGUUGAAGAGAUAGCUGAGAUAGAUGCUGUGGUCAUCACAGAAAGAGAGGAGGAAGAGAGAGAAACAGAAGUGACGAGGUCAGGAGGUACCACGGAGCCUCAUACUGGAGUUUCUGUGGAAACUGUUUCAUCUUAACAUGCAAGAUCCACAACUUGCAUUGUGUUCCUCUUAUCCCUCUUUUAAGAUGGGCAUGGUGGCACAUAUGUGUAGUCUCAGCUGCUUGUGUGGCUGAGGCAGGAAGAUUGAAAGUUCAAGGCCGGCCUGGGCAACUUAGUGAGACCC